AUGCAUUUACAAACGAGACUUUAUUCUUUUGGCUUCAAUGCUUUUCAACAAACAGGAAGCAAAUCAGUUAUUACAAAAUCACCUACAUGUCAUACGAAUAUAAGGAAAUUAUUAUUUGCUAGUUGGGAAACAACCAUUGUUAUUGAUGAUGAAGGAGAAUUAAUAAUCUGGGGCUUCCAACCCUGUUGGUUUGAAAAGUUUAAAAAGUUAUGUAAAGAUAAAGAAAUUCAAAGUAUAUUUGGUGAUCCUAAUGAAUUACUUGGUAUUAUUGAUCAAGAACAAAAGUUAUCAUAUGUAACAGCAGAUAAAACAAGAUGGAAUGAUUGUGAAAGUCAAGUUAGACAAGCUGUUUAUUGUACUAGACUACACUCUAUUUUUAUAUUGAAGGAAACGAGUGAUGAGGUAUAUCAAUAUGAUGUUAGAAAUGAAAAGAGUCAAUUACUCGAUACUUUACCACCUGUCAAGUCUCUUGCUGCUUCAAAUAGUCAUGUUCUAUUUCUUACUUAUUCGUUAGAUGCGCCUGUUUAUGGCUUAGGUUCUAAUCGCUUAUCACAAUUAGGUAUGGAUUAUCAACAGCAAGAGAUACAGCAACCGAUGAUGAUUGAUUAUUUUUGCGGUCUUGGUGAAGCCUCUUAUGUCUCUUGUGGCCCCUUUCAUUCAGCUGUUAUUAUCAAUGGUGAUGUAUAUACCUUUGGUUGGUCAAAAGAUGGAAGAUUAGGUUCAGGACAUACUCAAGGUGAUGAUGAUAUUGUUUCUUUAGUAGAGUUUUUAGAUGUCAAUGAUCAACCUAUUGAUGUACAUGCGAUGAAAGUUGUAUGUGGCUCAACACAUACUCUUGUUUUAGAUAAGAAUGGCACUGUGUGGUCUUGUGGAAGUGACCAAUAUAGUCAAUUAGGUCGUGAAUUAAAAGAUACAGAAAAGGGAGUUAAAAGUGAUUUUUAUUUUCGUGCAUGUACAUUAUUUGAUUCUAAAACAGAACAUGCCAUUGACUGUUCUGCAGGACGUUGGACAUCAUUUAUUAUGACAGUGAAAUUGAGAUAAAAAUAAUAGUAUAACUUGUGGUUGACAUAUAUUAUUAGUAUUAGUAUUAGUAUUAGUAUUAUUUAUCCUCCAUUAAAUUGAACAUUCUAUCCAUUAGUUUAUCAUGAUCAGGAUUGGGUUUGACUUGAUCAUCAUCAUCAAUUCUCCUCUUCACUUUUCCUUUAGUUAAAAACAUUUCUUUCGUUGAUAAAGGAUGACUAUGAUUUCCUUUUUGA